CCGGCUUCGUGGUGAAUCGUUCUUUCUGUCCCUGGAAGCGGCACAGAGAUCAGCCGCUUGUCGAGUCAGUUAAAUACAACAAAUCUAGUUGAAUACUAAUUUACUGGGGUCUUAAAGCUCAUCACGAUAGCAUCAAACAUGACGUACGGAGCUAUGUCUAACGGUUACCACAAUAGCGGAAGUUACAGAGGUGGGAAAAGUCAACAACAACCAAGAAGUAGGUAUGCAACUCUUGGCACACCUAAUGGACGAUUUGGAAAUCGCAACAACAAAAAUUCUACAAACAGUGCUGGUACUAACUUGAGGAAACCAAAUUGGAGCUUUGAAAGUUUGAAGCCCUUCAAAAAGGACUUCUAUAUACCCCAUCCUAAUGUUCAAGGACGUCAUCCACGAGAUGUAGAUGUAUUUAGAUCAGAUAACCAAAUUACUUUAAAAGGGGAUAAAGUUCCUAAUCCUAUUCAACAUUUUGAAGAAGGAAAUUUCCCUGACUAUGUAAUGCAGGGUAUUAGAAAGCAAGGAUUUAACGAACCAACUGCUAUUCAAGCGCAAGGAUGGCCGAUCGCAAUGUCUGGUCAAAACAUGGUUGGAAUUGCUCAAACUGGGUCUGGAAAGACUUUGGGAUACAUUUUACCUGCGAUAGUACAUAUUAACAGCCAACAACCGUUAAAUCGCGGUGAUGGACCAAUCGCUCUCAUAUUAGCACCUACCAGAGAGCUGGCACAACAAAUUCAAAGCGUCGCUAACGAUUUCGGUUCUUUGUCUUAUGUGAGAAACACCUGUAUUUUUGGUGGUGCACCAAAGGGAAGUCAAGCACGCGAUUUAGAACGAGGAGUUGAGAUCUGUAUUGCUACACCAGGACGUUUAAUUGAUUUCUUGGAACGUGGCACAACCAAUUUACGUAGAUGCACUUACUUAGUGCUGGAUGAAGCUGAUAGGAUGUUGGACAUGGGUUUUGAACCACAGAUUCGAAAAAUUAUUGAACAAAUCAGGCCUGACAGACAGGUUCUUAUGUGGUCUGCAACAUGGCCAAAAGAAGUUAGAAACCUUGCAGAGGAAUAUUUGACAAAUUAUACGCAACUGAACAUUGGAUCUUUAACGCUGUCUGCUAAUCACAAUAUUCUUCAAAUUGUUGAUGUUUGUCAAGAACAUGAAAAAGAAACAAAAUUGGGAACUCUUCUUCAAGAAAUUGGUAAUGUGAAUGAAGACGGUGGGAAGACUAUAAUUUUUGUAGAAACAAAGAAAAAGGUGGAGAAUAUCACUAGAAAUAUUCGUCGCUAUGGAUGGCCUGCAGUAUGCAUGCAUGGUGACAAAUCUCAACAAGAAAGAGAUCAUGUCCUUAGAGAAUUUAGGAACAACAGAGGUUCGAUUCUUGUAGCAACGGACGUUGCUGCUCGUGGAUUGGAUGUCGAUGAUGUAAAGUACGUGAUCAACUUCGAUUAUCCAUCAUCAUCUGAAGACUACAUCCACAGAAUAGGCAGAACUGGUCGGUCAAAUAGUACAGGAACAAGUUACGCGUUCUUUACACCACAAAACAGUCGACAGGCUAAAGAUUUAAUUAAUGUACUUAAAGAAGCCAACCAAAUUGUCAACCCAAAACUUUCCGAACUUGCUGACCGAAGUGGGAAUUAUGGUGGCCGAAAUCGUUGGGGAUAUGGCGGAGGCAAUCGCGGCAGAGAAAAUAUGUUUUCUGGAACGCAUAAACGAUUUGAUAUUGGAAGGAACUCUAGUUAUAACUCUAGUUGAUUUGUUUCGACUUUCGAACCACAUUUCUAAAUGCGUAUAAACCUCUUGGAGACCUACAACUUAUUUACAAUUUUUUUUAUCUGUGAUUAGGAAAAAGUUCUCCGUACAGGUUGUACUAUCAUACUCCAGUUAUGUGCUCUGCUAACUUUUUAUGUUAUUUUUAUUUAUGAUCGUAUUGUUUUUGUUAGCACUAGUACAAAACUCAAGAAACAGGAAAUAUCUUGACAAAUUUAAGUUAUACGAUAAUAUUAAAUAUUUUUAUUUUUUUCACACAUUGAGACGCGCGUAAAAUAAAUACUAAAUAUAUGGUAGUUAACUGUCGAUAAAAAAUGGUAAAACAAAUACCUAAUACGAGACAUCUUCUGUUGUCAAAUUUCAAUUCUAAAUAUCUGCAACGUUCAAUUUUAAUCAUACGUUUCUUCAAGUUUUAAAAAUAUUGGUGAAAUCUUUGGUUAGUUGCGCGUCUCGGGAAGUAGGAGUUCAGUAAGUUGUGAAAUAAUAGUAACUGUAUCAGUAUUCAUUCCAAUUCUUUUAAUAUGGCCGAUAUUAGUUAUAUUGGUCAUAUUAUGAAGUCUACGCUAUUAAAUGAAAUGAGAGAACGCACUGAAUAUUAUGACUGUGAAGCUACAAUUUUCUUACAUGUAUGUCUUACUAAUAUUAGUUCUGUGUAUGUCGAUAAACGAAAUAGUCCUGAUCUACCAGAAGAAAUAUUUCUCUGAUAAAUCAAUCUUUUUCUAGUAAGGUUACCCAUGUAUAAAAAUGUAGUUUGACUUAAAUUUUCCAUCGGCAUGUCGGACUAAUCGAAGCCGCCAUGACACCUGGAAUCAGCGUUCCAACCAAUAAAGGUUUUUGUUAAUUAUAUACCCCUUACCGUUUAAAGCACUUAAGAAACUAUCGCACGUCAAUGUAUCACAUUUUCAGUUCUCAGUAAUAAAUUUCAAAACAGAUUAAAAGGUAAACAAA